AGUGGGGUAAGUUUAUUUUGUUGCUGCCUGUUUUAUGCCUUUAUAAAUGUGUAAUAAAUACAGUGGCGUGUUUGGUUUAAGGAUGGCUGAAGAAAAAUCAAUGGCUAUUCAAAAGAGAAAAAAGAUUCGUGUUAUAGAAUCAUCUUCAGAUGAAGACGAAUCGACACCUACUUCCAGCUCAAUAAAUUCAACCAUGAGGGAAGAAAAUAUAAUUUCUAAUUUAGCGGGUAUGGUUGAAAAUUUGGUUAAGACAGUUGAACUGCAAACCAAGAGCAAAACGGUUGGAACUGAUGAACAAAAUUUACCAGCUAAUAUUCCACAUUUUAAUCCUGAAGAUAAGGCUCUAACCGUAGUAAGGUGGUGUGACAGAAUCGAUGAAUUGAAAAGUCUGUAUAAUUGGAGUGACGAGCGCACUAACUAUAAUGCUUUAACUAAGUUGGAAGGACUGGCAAAAACCUGGUAUCGUGGGCUGCCAUCAGUAAAUUUUACCCGGGAAGAAUGGAAACUAAAAUUAAAAACAGCGUUUCCAUCAAAGCGUGAUUUUUGCCAUAGCAUACAAGAAAUGAUGCAACGGAUUAAGCAGAGGCACGAAUCGUACAUCACUUAUUAUUAUGAAAAGGAAGCCUUAUUAAAUCAAUGCAAGAUAACUGGGGAAGAUGCAGUCUCGUGUCUGAUAGGUGGAAUUCCCGACCCAGUGGUACAGGCUGCUGCUCGAGCCAAAGAUUGUCAAACACCGGAAGCUCUGCUUAAUUAUCUUAGAACUUGUGAGUUAACGCAUCCUGGUACUUCGGGACGAUUUCAAAAUAUAAACUACCUACCUAACCAACAUUUUAAUCGUGGAGUGAAACGAUUUGCUAAAAAACCCUGGAUUCCAACUGGUGGAGUCUCUGAUGAUACUGACAAUCAUAGCGGUGAAGAUGGUGUACCGCUACCUUCAGAUUCAGAUUAGGUUGCGGGGGCGCAACAUCUUGUCAGGUUGGCCGAAUGUAAAACAUAUUUUAUUUUUAUCAUUUUAUUAUAUUAUAUAUUUCUUAUUUUAUAUUUUAAUAUAUGUAUUCUCAUUUAAAACAAAACUCUUUUAAUGAUCUAUAAUAAUUCUAUCUCAAUUUAAUUAAUUCCAUAAUCAAUUAAUAACUUGAUAUAUUUAAAAUAACGUAUAUUGCUAAAGAUCUCUAAUAUUCAUUGAGUUAAGGGGACACCCAAAAAUAUUAAUUGGCGAGUCAGUCAGAAAGCAACGUUUGAGAGAAAUGUGUGUAAGGUGGUGUGUUGGAAAAAGAGUUGUGUUUACUGGUUAAACCAGGCUGCUAAAUUUAAUAGUGGUGAAUAUGUGAGAAAUAGUUGAUCUUGAGUAGAUAUGUGGCCAUUAUGAGAAGUUUGUACAGAUCUGUUUGCGCAUCUUGAAGAUGCCCGCACAAGUAGGUGUGAAAGCCUCUGUUCAAUUAGGAACGAAUGCGCAAUUCCUCGAGUGCUGUCUGGUAAGACUGGGGGCCUUACCUGGGGCUCGAUUGACACGAAUAAACAGAAGGAUGUAGUAGAAAUAUAUCCUUUGUCUAAUUCGUUGAGAUGCUUACUGUUUAGCGGCAGUGGAGCGUCUGGGGAAGCCCUUACUAUUUUAGGUGACACUAGCUAGUCGUCAAAUAAAGGAAGAUAACAUGUUUGACAUAUGUAUAUAUUGAAAUGUGACAUUGUGUAAAUUGAUGUUGACUGAGAUGAUGCAAGGGAACGGAAGUUCCCCGAGACCCAUUGGCUAAGAACAACUAUGACAGGUAAUAAACCACAUUUUAAAGCGUAUUUU